CCUCCGGAGGAGACACCAUGAACUGGGCGGCAGUGUUGGGGCUCCGGGCAGCAGCCCCUGCUGUCCCCCGGCUCUUGGGCGCGGGUAGCAGCAGCUGCCGCCGCCAGAGUACCGAGCCCUGCGCCCCUCCGCUGAGCCCUGUGCGGAUCGGCUGCGCCUCGGGCUUCUGGGGAGACACGGCGGCCUCAGUUCCUCAACUACUCUAUGGAGGGAAGCUGGAUUUCCUGGUUUUUGAUUACCUUUCUGAAAUUACAAUGUCUUUGCUAGCUACUGCCAAAGCCAAAUCUCCAGAUUUAGGAUAUACUCCCGAUUUUGUAUUAACUGCAAUGGCUCCUUAUGUAAAGGACAUACACAGGAAAGGUGUUCGUGUUGUCAGCAAUGCUGGUGGAAUGAAUCCACUUGCGUGUGCUGCUGCUCUCCAACAAGUAGCAAAAAAGGCUGAUGUUGGCUUGAAGAUAGCUGUUGUGACUGGUGACGAUUUAAUGGGAGAGGUAAACAGCAUAAAAGUAGAUGUUCCAAAAGUAGAGAAUGGGAAGCUGUUUCCAGAAAACAUUCACAGCAUGAAUGCAUACCUGGGUGCAAGACCAAUAAGCAGAGCUCUUGACCUAGGAGCGGAUAUUGUGGUGACUGGCAGAUGUGUUGAUAGUAGUAUUGUAUUGGGGCCACUAAUUCAUUCUUUUGGCUGGAACAAAGACGAGUUCAACCUCUUAGCAGCUGGAAGUCUUUCAGGUCAUUUAAUUGAGUGUGGUGCUCAGUGUACAGGUGGAAUAUUCACUGACUGGCAUACUGUACCAGACUGGCAUAACAUCGGUUUUCCCAUAGCAGAAUGUUCUUCUGAUGGAAGUUUUAUCGUAACCAAACCACCCAACACAGGGGGCCUGUUGUCUUUUGGCACAGUGGCGGAACAGUUGAUAUAUGAAAUUGGUAACCCUAAGGAAUAUCUCCUGCCAGAUGUCACAUGUGAUUUUUCUCAAGUUUCCAUUACUGAAAUUCCAGGUACUGAAGGUGGUGCAGUGAAAGUUCAAGGCGCUACAGGAUUACCUCCUUCAACAUUCUACAAGGUAAAUGCCACUUACCUCGAUGGAUUCCGAGCUACAGCUUGCUGCCCAAUAGGAGGUCCAAAAGCAAUAGAAAAAGGAAGAAGAAUUGCUGAAAGUAUUCUGGAAAGAACUCGCAUGAUGUUCAGUCAGCUGGGAUAUGAGGACUACAGUGCAAUUAACAUACAGAUUUUAGGUUCUGAGGAAACAUAUGGACCACAUGCCAGAAAGAAUAUAGAUGAUGGUCCACGGGAAGUUGUUAUUUGGUUGGCUGUACUUCAUAAGCAGAAAAAAGCUGUGGAAAUCUUCUCCAGAGAGAUUGCCUCAGCUGGAACAGGAAUGGCACCUGGUCUAACUGGAAUUGUUGGAGGCCGUCCAAAAGUGUCUCCAGUUUUGAAACCUGCUUUCUUCCUUUAUCCAAAAAAGAAUGUUAAGAUUGAUAUAUUUAUGAAUGGACAUCAUGUUGAAACAUUUGAGGAGGAUCUUUCCUUCACUUCAGAUGCAGCCGUUUCACCCGACGUGCCCCAGGCUCAAGAUGAUUUAAAAGAUCUACCAAGUGGCCCACAUGCAUAUCGCCUGGAAGAUCUUGCCUAUACCAGAAGUGGAGACAAAGGCAAUUCUGCAAACAUUGGUGUCAUAGCCCGGCAUCCCCUAUACUACCCAUAUCUAAAGAAAUCAUUAACUGCUGAGACUAUAGAAAGCUAUUUCCAGCAUCUGCUAGAGAAAGAACAGUCUGGUGAGCGUUUGGUCACAAGAUAUGAGUUGCCAGGAAUAUAUGGAUUAAACUUUGUUCUAAAAAACUCCCUUGGUGGUGGUGGCACAGCAUCUCUGAGAAGUGACCCUCAGGGCAAGGCAUUUGGACAGAUGUUGUUGGACUUCCAGAUUAAGAAUGUUCCAGAUUUAAAGUCCUUGAUAGAAUGACAUAAUUUGCCUUGUUCAGUUCUGAAAUCAUGCCAAAUAUUAACUAGACCUAAAUUAUUAAGCAAAAAAUCAAGAAACCACUAAAAUGGUGGUGGCAAGCACAAGUCAAAGGUUUAACUAAUUCCUAAUGCACAGAUAAGGGAGUGUUCUGAGUAAUGCCUGAUUUGUUGCUUUGUAAGUGACUGGUAUUUCCUGUCUAGUGCAUAGGAUGAAGAGCCUAUUUAUUUCCUGUGAAGAAUAAUUAAGCAAUAAAUUACAGACUAUCAUCAUUCUGAGAGAUAACCACUGUUCCCAAAUAAAAAGUGUCUGUCCUUCUCCAGUGUGUUCUAGUACAGAAGUAACCAUAGCAACACUGCCUAACCUGAUAAAAUAGAGCUUGCCACCUUUAAAUCAUUGCUGUUUGUGAACAGAUACUACCUUUUGCAUCCAAGUUGUGUUUGACUCAAUCUAUGGUAUCUCUAAUUACACUAGUAACUUAUGGCAAAUGAUAAUUUUUAAAUACUCAUUCUGUUAUUCAGACUGUUCUUAAGCAGAAGGGGUUGUAGCUCAGUGGUGGAGCAUCUGCUUUGCAUGCAGAAGGUCCCAGGUUCAGUUCCGGGCAUCUCUGGAUAGGGCUGGGAAAGACAUCUUCCUGAAACCCUGGAGACACUGCCAGUGUAGACAGUAUUGACCUAGAUGGACCAACGGUCUGAUUCAGUAUAACUCAGCUUCUUAUGUGUGUAUGUUCCUGUGUUCCAGACAAAAGAGGCAGUGUAUUUUACUUUCUGCAAUGAUCCAUGAAUAUUGAAGCUUUACUGCUGGAUUAGCACUGAUGUAAUUUAAUUAAUUAAUAAUUAGAGAUUUCUUGGUGGUGGUGGUGGUGGUAGUAAAUAAAUAAAUAAAUAAAUAUUAUUAUUAAAUACAUCAUCAUCAUCUGCCUAAGAGAUGGACAUGCCCACUCGGAUUUUUUUAUUUCCUCCCGCUUUGUACUGCAGACUACCAAGCCAAUCACAAACAGCCUUUGAAACUUUUCUCGGUUUCAAGAUUGUCAUGGGAGAUUAUUUUGUGCAAGGCUGGUCUGCAGUUUUGGGAAACAAAAGCCUGAAGGAUCCCUGGGCAUACAGAACUAGUUGGUUGGAUUGCAGCUAAUGGACUUGGAGAACUUGCCACUCGAUGAGACAUGACCUGACAAACAUGGGUCAGAGCGUGAUCUGAUUUAGAUUGUCUGCCUUACUUGUGCAAACCAUCCCUCUGCCUCACUAGGGAUGAACCAACUAUUAUGAGUCUCUCAGAGUAUGAGAAAUCCUGAUCUAUUAAAUCUGUUCUGGAGAGAAUGGUACACAAAUGCAUUUUUAGAACAUGUUAGUUGGAUUACAUAUAUCCAAAAAUACAGGAGGACUUCAGUAUUCGCAGGGGUUCCGUUCUCAGCAAGUACUGUGGAUAUCGAAAACGCAAAUACCGAGGCAUUGGGGCAAUGGAAUUGGGGCAUUAAGUGCCGAAGCGGCAAAAAUUGGGGGGAGACAGGUUAAAAAGCCAAGUAAAAUGCCCUACCAUGCUCCGCAGGUCCCCAGCAGUCCAGCAAUGCCCCCCAGAGACUCAGUUUUUCCAUUUUUUGGCAAAAAGUCACAGGGUUUUUUUUCCUUUUUAAAACAAGCCACAAAAUGGCAGCCAGAAGGGAUCUCAGAGGUCAUUUCCAGCCACUCCUGAUCUUCAGAUAGGCAGAUGUAACCUCCUCCGCCCCAUGUAUACCAUGGUCGGGUGUCAAUUACCCGACCAUGGAUAGGCGAAACCACAGAUACUGAAUCUGCCAGUAACGAGGUCCUCCUGUACAUUAAUUUCUGAAAACAAUUACUAGGUUUUUAGAGGUUGUCAGAAUUAAAAAUUUGGAAUACUGGUUUUAACCUUACCAGAAGCUUGCAGGCACAUGUCAGCUGGUUUUUAGCAAAGGUUGUGUGGCAAGGCACUGCACAUGGAAUUUGUCUCCACUUGAAAACAUAUGCUUAAGGAUGACUAGUAACAAGGGAAAAGCCUUUAAGGUCACAGUUGAUGUAAAGAUGGUUAUUGAGUACAAGAUCUGCAAACAGAUUUCCUGUAACAGCCCAUCCUGAAGCAUAGCUCAAACCAGUGUCAUUAGUGCUUCAUUUUGAUGUCAAGCUUAGAUUUUCUUUCAAGGAUUCUAUGCAGGACUAAUAAAAGUAGAGAGCGCACUUGGGUGUAGUUGCAGCUUCCUUAGUCACACACUUUUGGCAUUAAAUAAAGGUUAAAUAGUUUGUUGUGUC